GGGUGGGGCUCGCAGCUGUCUUCCGCCGCUUUGGCUCCGGCCCCUUCCGGCCGCCGUAGGUGCGCAGGCGCAGUGGGGCCGCGACGCCUCCGCCUCCGUUAGCCAGGCAGAUCGCUCCCGGAGUAACCAAGGAUGACUGCAACUGCAGGGCAAAGAAACAUGGCAGCAAGGCGGAUUGCACAGGAGACUUUGGAUGCUGUACUGCAAGAAAAAGCAAAAAGAUUUCACUCGGACUCUAGUGGUGAGACUAUAGGUGAAACUCUUCCAUUUAAAACACAGGAUCUCUUGAGGACGGUCCCAAGGUCCAGAGCAGAGAUGUUUGGCGACACUCACGGUGACAGCAGAUUCACCCUCAGUGGAUCCUCGGCUCACUCCCGUGAUGCCAGCAGAGAAGGCCUGCGGGGUGACACCUUCCCAGGACCUUCCUUCCGGUCGAGUGCUGCUUCCAUCAGUGAUGACAGCUACUUUCGAAAAGAGGGCAGCAGCCGGGAUCAGGAAUUUGCCCACUCUGACUCCCAAGAGCAGGCUCUUGGCCACCGGAAGCUGGGACAUUUCCAUUCUCAGGACUGGAAAGUGGCUCUCCGUGGCUCUUGGGAGCAGGACAUGGGCCAUCCAGUUUCUCAAGAGUCCUCUUGGGCACAGGAGUUUGGUUUGGGUCCUUCCGCUGUGCUGGGGGACCUGGGCUCCUCCAGGCGGCUGGAAAAAGAGCAUGUGGAGAAGGAGAGUCUGGAGUAUGAUGUGGACCGUCCCGGAGAGGCCGACGCCGUGCCCAGGUCCAGUGCGCAGGCCCAGGCCCGGGCCCGUGCUCUCAGCAUGGUCCAUGAAGGUGGCCUCCUGGGAAAGGGGGAUACCCAGGGCCUGCUGAUACCCAAGGGCAGUGUCGGGAAGCUUGUCACUCUGAGAAACGUGACCGAGAAAAAGGUGCCCGCUCUGAAUCGUGUUACCCCCAAAACUCAGGGCACGAACCAGACCCAGAAAAGCAGCCCGAAUCCCAGUGUGGCCCUGAGGACAAACCCCGGGCCAGAGGACCUCCAGCUCCCCACCCUGAAGAUCCCUCUGGGGCUAGACCUGAAGAACAUCCGGUUCCCCAGGAGGAAGAUGAGCUUCGACAUCAUAGAUAAGGCUGACGUCUUCUCCAGGUUCGGGGUCGAGAUCAUCAAGUGGGCCGGCUUCCACACUGUUAAAGAUGACCUGAAGUUCUCCCAGCUGUUCCAGACUCUCUUUGAACUCGAAACCGAAACCUGUGCUAAGAUGCUCGCCUCCUUUAAGUGCUCCUUAAAACCAGAGCACAGAGAUUUUUGCUUUUUUACUAUCAAAUUUUUAAAGCACUCUGCUUUGAAAACCCCUCGAGUUGAUAAUGAGUUUUUAAACAUGCUUUUAGACAAAGGUGCUGUGAAGACCAAAAACUGCUUCUUUGAAGUCAUCAAGCCCUUCGACAAGUACAUCAUGCGGCUGCAGGAUCGCCUGCUGAAGAGUGUCACACCCCUGCUCAUGGCCUGUAACGCCUACGAGCUCAGUGUCAAGCUUAAGACCCUCACCAGCCCCCUGGACCUGGCGCUGGCCCUUGAGACCACCAACUCCCUCUGCCGGAAGUCGCUGGCCCUCUUGGGACAGACCUUUGCCUUGGCGUCCUCUUUCCGGCAAGAGAAAAUCCUAGAAGCCAUCGGCCUCCAGGACAUAGCCCCCUCCCCGGCCUCCUUUCCCAACUUCGAGGACUCCACUCUGUUCGGGAGAGAGUACAUCGACCACCUGAAGGCCUGGCUGCUGGCUAGCGGGUGUCCCCUGCGGGUGAAGCGGCCAGGGCCGCAGCCAUCACAAGAGGAGGACAAGACGGCCCUCCCUUCCAAACCUGAGAUUCCCACCAGGGCCCCAAGCGAUGUCCUGCAGCGAGCGGACUACAGGAUGGUGGACACCAUCGACCAGCUCGUCACACGCGUCCUCGAAGGCACCCUGUCUCCCCGGGAGAGAGCCGCUCUCAAGGAGGACCCUGCGUACUGGUUCCUGUCCGACGAGAACAGCCUGGAAUACAAAUACUACAAGCUGAAGCUGGCUGAGGCCCAGCGAGGGAGCCAGACCCCAGCGAGCAUGGACCGGAAGCCGGCCCCGUCCGAGUGCGCCGUGAGGGCCAUGCUGUACGCGCGAGCCGUGCAGAGUCUCAAGAGGAGGCUGCUCCCAGGCCAGCGGCGGCGCCUGCUCCGCACCCACGGCCUCCGCGGCUGGAAGGCCAGGCGUGCAACCACGGGGACCCAGACACUCCUGUCCUCGGGCACCAGGCUGAAGCCCCUUGGGCGACAGCCCAAGCUGCCCCCACCAGAGGGGAACUGCGGUGCCAAGGACUGCCCACCAGACCCCACCAGAGCCCCUCCUCGGGACACCAGCCCGGCCCCCAAGUCCUCCAAGCCUGGGGGAGCUGCUGCCACGGCUGCCAAAGCCCCAGGGACCUCUGCCCCCUGCGACCCUUCAGACCAGGUUGACCCAAAGACCAUGGAGACUGCAGAGAAACUGGCCAGGUUCGUCGCCCAGGUGGGACCAGAGAUCGAGCAGUUCAGCAUAGAGAACAGCGCGGACAACCCGGACCUGUGGUUUCUCCAUGACCAGAACAGCUCCGCGUUCAAAUUCUACCGGAAGAAAGUGCUGGAACUGUGUCCCUCCAUCCAGUUCACAUCAUCGCCUCUGACCCUGCCCGCGGGGGGUGGUAGCCAGAGUGGGGACUCUGAGGAGAGCCCCACAGGCACCGUAGAAGGGGAAGGGGAACCGGAGGACCAGGGCCCUGUGCAGGAAGUGGAGCUGGAGAGCCCUGAGGUGAUCCAGGAGGAGGAGGAGGAGGAGGAGGGCGACGAGGCAGACGAGGAGGACACAGAGGGGGCUGCUGCCCGUGGGACUCCCAGGCCAGGCGUGGGCGCCACCGAGGCGGGGGCUGCUGAGGGCCGCCCUCCCGCUGAUGGCCUCCCCGGUGAGGCUGCUGAGGACGACACGGCCACAGCUCCUGGCCUGUCGCAGACCGCCACGGGCACCUGCUUCCCCCGGAAGAGGAUGAGCAGCAAGUCCCUGAGAGUCGGCAUGAUACCGGCCCCCAAGCGGGUGUGCCUCAUCCAGGAGCCCCAAGUCCAUGAGCCGGUCCGGAUCGCCUACGACAGGCCUCGGGGACGCCCCCUGUCCAAAAAGAAGAAACCCCAGGACCUGGACUUCGCCCAGCAGAAGCUGACGGACAAGAACGUGGGCUUCCAGAUGCUGCAGAAGAUGGGCUGGAAGGAGGGCCGCGGCCUGGGCUCCUGUGGCAGAGGCAUCCGGGAGCCUGUCAGCCUGGGAGCUGCCUCGGAGGGGGAGGGCCUGGGUGCUGAAGGCCCCGAGCAGAAGGAGGACACAUUCGAUGUCUUCCGCCAGCGGAUGAUGCAGAUGUACAGACACAAGCGGGCCAACAAAUAGGGUCCCCGAGAGGACGACGGGCAUCUGACAGCGCCGAGCUGCCACCCCGGGUAUGACCGUCCCCGGCUUGUUUCCGUCCCUGGGAUCCCAUAGGCAGUGUUAGUGAUCUGGUCCUCUGUCUAACCUAGAAGACGUUCGUGAUGUUACCAAAACGAAGUUUUGUUUCCUAAGACUAAGAAGUUGUGAAUGUUGUCAAUCAUUAGUGGUUGCAAUAAAUGUAGAGAAGACCUGGC